ACCAUCCCUGAUGUGCCACUCAAACCGCCGCUGUUUGCACUUCUCCGGUCAGCCGUCCGCUUCGUCACCCUCCUCCGUCCGUACAACGGUCCGACGUUAUGCUAAUCUGCCGUCGUAAUGUCCGUUCAUGUGAUUGAUGACUCAAGAUGGAGAUGAAAUGAAAUGUGAACCGGUCGGAUGUUUACAGUGUCCAGUGCCACGAACGUCUGUAAGGCUCUUUAAUCUGCUUGUUUCAACAUGGAGACGUUUCUAAGCCUGGAGGAAUUGUCCAUUUGUCAGCAUUGGGCACUGGGGACGAAGUGAUGCCAUCAUCGCCGUGGUGACAGCAGAGAGAGAAGAAGGGCCUGAUCAUGGGAGACAGAAGGAGGUCACCAUGUGCCGAAAUCUAUCCAGAUAUGCCCUCGUCUUCCUCUUCCUAGCUCUUUCUGGACUCAUCUUCCUGUUGCGCAACAUUCACACUGUGGAGAGCUGGAAUUGCCACACGAUUUCAGCCCUGUACCAGCUACAGAGCAGGAUCCAUUCAUCCUUCAUCUCGGUCAAUCUCCCCACUUUUUAUCACAACCGCACCUUCUGCGCUCAUCUGGGCCAAAAACCCUCUCCCGAAGAUGAACUGGAAGAGCGCUAUUUGUUGGACUCUAUCGCGUGGCCCGGGCCUCCGCCUCGCUCUGCACCAACUGCCUUGCGCCAGACGAGCGACCCUGUGCACAGCCUGUUUGCCAUCCUCCCCACUAAAGGAGGAAGAGAGUGGCAUGUGGGAGACCAGCUGGAGGCCCUCGUCCAAAUGCAUGACUUCCAGGGUCGCCCCAAACGCUAUGGUGGGGAUUUCCUUUUGGCCAGACUGCACUCUCCAGAGCUUGGAGCAGGUGUAGCAGGUAAAGUGCUGGACCACAGGAAUGGAUUUUACUCUGCUCUGUUCCCUCUCCUCUGGGUGGGAUCUGCACAUGUUGAGAUUACGUUGGUGCACUCCAGCGAGGCAGUCGCUGUGCUGCGACGGCUGAGGGAAGAACGUCCAGAUCGGGUGUUUUUCAAGAGCCUCUUUCGCUUGGGUUUCCUCUCUGAAACUACUGUGUGUAACAUGUGCCUGCCCCCAGAUCAGCAGCCUCUGUGCAACUACACAGAUCUUUACACAGGGGAGCCCUGGUACUGCUACAAGCCUAAAAUGCUCAGCUGUGACACCAGAGUCAACCAUGCCAAAGGAGGCUACCUAAAACACCUCAUCACCAAUAAGGAAGCAUUGCUCUUCCAGAGUGGUGUAAACAUCAAAGUUUGCAUACAUGCUUCAGGACCCGACAGAAUCAAUGUGCUGCCACCAAGGAAAGAUAAAGUAGAGGUAGACAGCAGCAGUGUAAAACCAGAACCUAUUGAGCUAGCACCAUCUGGAUAUUACCACAUGGAGUCGUGGAGGGCGUUAGGUGGCGUUACAAUGCGCCACUUCAAUGAAUCAUCUGCCAUCACUCAGUGUUUGCGGAACAAGGUGAUCAACAUGUAUGGAGACUCCACCGUCAGGCAGUGGUUCGAGUACCUCAUUGCUCUCGUACCAGAAUUAAAGGAAUUCAACCUCCACAGUCCCAAAAACGUUGGGCCUUUCAUGGCAGUGGACAGCACUCAUAAUAUUCUCUUGAAGUAUCGCUGCCAUGGCCCGCCCAUCCGCUUCUCCACCGUCAUGUCCAGCGAGUUGAGGUACAUUUCAAAUGAGCUGGACGGCCUUUCUGGUGGUCCCAACACUGUUGUGGUCCUCAGCAUCUGGGCCCAUUUCAGCACCUUUCCUGUGGAGGUAUACAUACGACGGCUGCGUCACAUUCGGCGGGCUUUGUUACGACUUCUGGACCGAGCGCCGGGGACGCUCAUUGUGAUCCGCUCAGCCAACCUCCAAGCCUUGGACCAAGAGGUGAGCCUGUAUAACAGCGACUGGUACUCCCUGCAGCUGGAUAAGGUGCUCAGGGCCAUGUUCAAGGGAAUGAGCGUUCUGCUGGUGGAUGCCUGGCAAAUGACUUUAGCACACCACCUCCCCCACGCCCUCCAUCCACCCCCAACCAUCGUCAAGAACAUGAUAGAUAUGCUUCUUUCUUACGUUUGCCCGGAGAAGAAAAAGAGCCAACAGAAAUAGAAGUACAGAGACAAACUAAGGAGUUUGCUGUGUGAAUCCACCAAUUGGUUCCUUGACAUCCAAACACUUAUUUCUUUGUUUGGCUUUAUUAACAACUAAAGUGUCUGAGGCUACAUACCCUUUAAAUACCAUCUUUACUAAGAGGUUGACCAAAUUGCUUGUACUGAUCUCUGUUUAGAUGCCUGUUAUAUUUAUUUUUUAUCCCCAUAAAACUUAAUUUUUUCAGAAAUGCCAAAGACCUUGGUAACAAAAACAGAUGGUAACAUUAACUAUUAACAUGCCAAAGUGUUUUUUUUGUGUGUGUGAGUGUGUGCGUAUGCCGUACUCUUACUUAAACCUGCAGUGUGGAACUUUUGCCCCGCCCCUCUGGCAGUCAGAGUAAUUACACAAUGACACAGGCCACAACAAUGUAAGGUGUGUUUGUCCUCGCUGUGGAUCGCUUUCUUUGUUGGACUGUAAUCCUUCCUCUGAAUGUGCGAGUUUCUUUUGUAUCUGGAGCAUCAGAAACUUUUCUCGGAUGCCUUCAAGGUUUUUCCACCAUUACUCCUAGCUGGCGUAUCCUGCGCCAUCUCCAUCGCUACGGUUGCUCCCCUCUUCGGCCCGGGCAAACCAAUCAUCGCUGGUUUCUCGGUGUGUAUCAGAGCGGGAAUGUCGCCACAGACACCUGAUUGGCUUUAUCAGCGCUGUGUGAACUCGUUUGGCAAGGGCUUGAAUGUAACAGACUUUUAUUUAUUUGUGAAAGUCCAGCACUCCAGCUUUAAGUUGCCCAUGUUUGGUGUUGGUAUUCUUUCCAGAUUCAAAAUGAGCUUUGUUUUUCUGUUUAUUUGUUGAUUAUUUUUGCCAGAGGUUCAGCCUCAGUGAGCUCUUGUUUCAAAGAUUUUUCUCAGGCUGUUCAUUGUUGAAAUCUGCUCUCAUGUUCUGAGCCAUGUUACAAUAUGCCGACCGUUGUCUCCAUUUGUUGCUACGUGUAAUUUGUCAAUUUGUGUUUUAAAAAAAAAACAUUUUGCAAUGUUACGUUUAUAUAACUCAUUAUGAGAAACAAAAGUUUACGAUACAACCAUGAUCCAAACAUUAGGACAGCUUAAAAUGUACUAUUUUUCUGUUAUCAAAAAAAUAUAUAUAUUACAUUUUUAUUUAAAGGACAAAACCUGCACAGUUACCGUCAGCUCUUUUGGUAACCAACAGCUUUUAUAUCCCCACGACUGGAAAGAUUUUGCUGUACAAGAUGUUCACAUUGUUUCAGUUGACUUUUUACCUGAUGACUUCUCUAAGUGACAGAUCUGCCUCUCAGCCUUUCAGACCCAAUAAGCUCCUCCAAGGUUUGGAAAAGGUUCACACAUCAAGUCAAACUCAGUGGCAGUGGUGUGUGUGUACUUGACCUUGUUAAGGGUUGACCUUUACGUUUCUAAUGACUCUUUUGUAUUAAUAGUUAACUUUCUAUUAGAGAAAUCAUUUUUCAUAACCAGCAUCAAUUCUGGGUGUUUUAUAUGGACAUUUGAGGGUCAGUUUAACAUGAUCAGAUACUGUACAAUGUCACAUGUUCAUCGUAGAAAAGACGAUUGGAGAGGAGAGGUCUGUGUGAUAAAAAAGAUAAUGUGCCUAUUUUGUAUCUGAUUCUGUUUGUCCCUGACAGAGACCAGAGAGUAUUCAAUCGUGAUUUAUAAUAACUGAAUUGCUGUCAUGUAUUUGCUGUUGUUUUGCUUUUUCUAACAUUGUUAAAAGGACCAGUUCAUGACUGUGGAGCCUGGAGGCCAUUGCCAUGUGUUCACUCAAGCUGUGGGUCAGAUCAAGCAUUCAAAGGAGGCUGGAGCAGGAGCUGGUUUAUUAUUAUUAUUAUUAUUAUUAAUUAAUAUUAAAACGAUGAUUCGUCUUUUUUGAUCCUGAAGCCUGUGGUACAGUCCAAUAAACUAAACUGCAACAAUGGCAGCGUUAAGCGUCA